AUGUCGUAUAGCAUGUCGUACAACAGUACGAUGAAAUUGUGGGAGAAACCUACCAUCACUUUAAUGCUUGGGAACGAUGAACAUUUCACCAGUGUUAUUGGCAUGGAGCUUCAUGAAACUAAACACGCCAAGGUGCUAGUUCUGGUGAUAUCUCCAUCAGGUGUUGAGCACCUAUAUAGCAGCAGUCCGUACCUUCGCCACAGGAGCAGCAACGGCAACAACAGCAGGAGCAACACAACACAUUCAGAAAGAACCACAGUCUCAGGCAGAGCCGCCACCAGCACAGCAGCCGCAGCCAGCACAGCAGCCACAGCCAGCACAGCAGCCGCAGCCAGCACAGCAGCCGCAGCCAGCACACCAGCCAGCACACCAGCCGCAGCCAGCACAGCAGCCGCAGCCAGCACAGCAGCCGCAGCCAGCACAGCAGCCACAGCCAGCACAGCAGCUGCAGCCAGCACAGCAGCUGCAGCCAGCACAGCAGCCAGCAAAGCAGCCAGCACAGCAGCCGCAGCCAGCAUAGCAGCCGCUGCCAGCACAGCAGCCGCAGCCAGCACAGCAGCCGCAGCCAGCACAGCAGCCGCAGCCAGCACAGCAACCACAGCGAGCACAGCAGCCGCAGCCAGCACAGAAGCCGCAGCCAGCACAGCAGCCGCAGCCAGCACAGCAGCCGCAGCCAGCACAGCAGCCGCAGCCAGCACAGCAGCCAGCACAGCAGCCGCAGCCAGCACAGCAGCCGCAGCCAGCACAGCAGCCGCAGCCAGCACAGCAGCCGCAGCCAGCACAGCAGUCGCAGCCAGCACAGCAGCCAGCACAGCAGCCGCAGCCAGCACAGCAGCCGCAGCCAGCACAGCAGCCGCAGCCAGCACAGCAGUCGCAGCCAGCACAGCAGCCAGCACAGCAGCCGCAGCCAGCACAGCAGCCGCAGCCGGCACAGCAGCCGCAGCCAGCACAGCAGCCACAGCCAGCACAGCAGCCAGCACAGAAGCCGCAGCCAGCACAGCAACCGCAGCCAGCAGCCAGCACAGCAGCCGAAGCCAGCACAGCAGCCAGCACAGCAACCGAAGCCAGCACAGCAGCCACAGCCAGCACCACAGUUACAGCAAACACCUUAUGUGUGCCAGGCACAGCUGGAGCCCCCAAGCCACCCGCAGCCACAAGCAUCACAGCCGCAGCAAGUUGGCCAUUCCCAAGUGCCAACGUCACAGGUGGCACAGGCAUCUGCUGCUAAAGAUGUUUGUUUACUUUGCCAGAAAGGCAGUCCUCCAGUCCUCAGGACCUGGCUAA